CUGGGCAUUGCCAAAAACCUAGAUUCUGAUUUCGUGCAGAAGCCUCCGAUUCGUAGUGUGGUAGAUCGACCACUACCACUGAGUCUGUGCCAGCCUCAAAGUAACCGUUGCUUACCUGCUCAAGACGCAGCGGUAGAGUGCAGCUUGCUCUCGAGUCUCAUGCUCAUAUAUCAUAGCUCACUCAGUCCAGGUCUUUCACUUUCAGCGCUAUCGUAGAUCGCGGAGCGUCACACUCUGGUGGUGUUUGCGACGGACUCGUGCUGCUGCAUACUGUGGCCAGCGUAACCAGUGUAGGCUGUAGUACAUAGUGCCGUGAUCGUGAGCUCAUAAUCAGCCGCUUCGUUCCUCCCUGAGACUUGUCAAGGUUUUCAUCGAUCGAAGCAGGGCGCACGUCGGCAGAUACCCGCUCGGCGCUGGUCUGACCUACCCGCACCGGUCGCUUUGUCGUGCCACGAGCACAACGGAGCAGCGAAGAGAAUGGCGGGGCGGCCAUUCCUCGACCCGCGCCCACCCGAGGGGGGCACAAAUUCUAGUGGCUUCAUGUCAAGUCAAAGUUUCGUGGACUGUGUGAACAGGACCAAUGUACCGUUACCAGGUGCUCAGGCUGCAGUGGAACAGUCAUUUGAUGCUGCAGCGCUGCAACAUCAACAGUUGCAGCACCAGCCAUGGUCAAUGCAACAAUAUCAAGCGCAGCACCUGCAGCAACAGCAGCAGCCGCAUGUACAGCAGUCGCCAAUGCAACAAUAUCAAGCGCAACAGGUGCAGCAGCUGCUGCCGCAGCAGCAACAACAACUGCAACAGCUACAACAACAGCAACAGCUGCAUGCACAGCAACAACAGCAGCGACAAUACCAGCAACCACCGGAGCAAUACCAACAACCAACGGAGCAAUACCAGCAACCACCGGAGCAAUACCAACAAGCUACCAACCAGCUUGCUGAACUAAGCCAGGUUGCAUCUGCGCUGCCUGCAUCCUGUACCGGCACUGCUUCUAACGGCUUUAAUGUCGCUGGUCAGCAGUACACCCUGCCAGGCAUUGGCGCUGCAUUUGGGCAGGACAAUGUAGGAACGGCAAUGGAGGAUGGCAUGGAUUCGUCUGACAAGGGCUACUCUUCUGGACCAACGGCUACUCUUGCCACCCUUGCUGGUGACAUUGAGCUGGAGCCGAUGUCAAUGCAAUCUUCUGGCCCGCAGGGGCUAUUACCAAACAACACCACUCCAACUAGAAUACUUCCACUGGGUGGCUCUGCAUCUUGCAAUAAUGGUGGUGUUGUGAAUGGAGCUCCAUUUCAACCAUAUGCUCAAACCAAUGGCAAUGGUUCAAUGGCUUUCAAUACCACCACCAACACUAGUGAUCCUCACACCACCCAUAAUCAGGGUCCGCAAACAGUCCAUACUGUGAGCGCGGCUGCAUUCUCUUGCAGCAGCAGUAGCGACAACAUCAACAACAUAAGCAGUGGGAGUGGCGCGUCCGAUGCGGACACUGCCCUGCCUAAUGUGAAUCAAAUUGACCGGCGUCUGUUGGUUUCCCAAUCCGGUCUUUACCAAGAAGGUGGAUCCAGCUUCAAUGUCGGUACUGUGCCAGUGGCCAACCAUAUGAUUAAACCAGCACAUGCUGUAAUGCCUGGAUCAAACACAAGCAUCUCUGUUCACCCAGUUCCUAACAGUCAGGACAAUUUCAGGCCGCCUGAUGAAUUGGACACAGCCUUCAUCAACAGUCAGCCUCCCGGCCGCAACAAUGGUUCCAUGUUGCAUGCUGCCGUCUCGAAGUCACACACUGGCGUGGUAGCUACCAACGAGACAGCUGUUUCACUGCCGAUAAACGAUCGGUCAUCUCUGGCUGGCCAACAACAGCAGCAGCAACAACAACAACAGGAACAGUUGCAGCAUCAGGAGCAACAGCAAAAUCAGCAUGAGCAGCUGCGGCAGCAGCAGCAGUGGAAUUCACACGGUGUAGGCCUGCACGAAUGCCCCAUACUAUCCGACAAUGAUAUUGAGGAUUUACUUGGACGUAUGACACCGGAUUCUGGAGAGGCAAGGCACAUGGCUAGUUCAGGACAAUGUGGGCCUCACAUCACGACUCUGUCAUUGCCGGCAGGUAAUGACGAUGGAAUUGACCCCUUCCCGGCGAUGGAAUUCAACCUUGCAGAAGUGCCUCACAGUGCCCCCACUGCGGCUGCAUCUGUUGCUGCUGCUGCUUGUGCAGUCAGUACCCCACACGGACAUAGUGCGGAGGAAGUCCAAGAACCUGAUGACAUGGCCGCGAGCAAAGCUACACCGUCCACUCAGUCGGAUAACAACGUCAGUGAAAUGAUGGCCAGACUUCUACAAGUCCUGAAGAAGAAUGAGGAGUUGGAAAAAGCACUGAAGUUGAAGGAGGAAGAGGCAGAGCACCAUCGUGUUGCGGCCCUGGAAACAACUCGUCUUGCCGAAGAGAAGGCUCGCCUUGCUGAGGAGAAUGCUCGCUUCAGUGCUAAGGAGAUUGCCCGCCUUGCUGAGGAGAAGCGUCUGGCAGAGCAAGCUAGGCAUGACCUCCAACAAGCUGUGAAUCGGAGCAAGGCCAAGCCAGGGCUGCUUGAUGCCACCAGGUCAAAAUCAAGGCCAAGACGCGCACGUUCGUCAUCAAGACCGAUCAUUGAGCCAACUGAAAGAGAGGAGUCCAAGAAGAAGCUGAAUGAACUGUUACUCCAUGGAAUGGGACACCCAAAUCAGAGACCACUGCUGUCAGUGCCUGUCUCGACCACCACACAAGCAGAGGCAAUGAGUGCCGAAGCUUCUCAAACCUCGGCUGGAGUCAGCAGUUUCAUUGGUAGAAUCAUCAAGCCCGAAGAAAUUGAGCAUGUUACCCUCACGCCAGGCAAAGAAAGAUUCAAUCGACAAUUCCAUGUGGAGGCACACUUCGACGGGUUUAUCCCAGACUGUGCGUCGCAAGGUCAUACCCUUUACUUUCAACUGACGUCCACAAGGCGCACUGUGAGGAGUCAAGCAGCUGAGUUUUCCAGGCACGCUCACAUUCUCACAGCACUAGUGCCAAGCAUACCAAAAGAUGGCAUUGGCUGUAAUGAGGAAGUGUUUGAAGUCACGCUGGUUUGCCAAAUGGGUCGCAAAUCAUGCCCGGCCAUUGGCCACAUCACGCUCAAUGCGGAGGAGCAGCAGGCAGGCCCUGGGUCAAAAAGCUCAGUUCCCGCACGAGAUCCGAACACUGCGACCAGUGGAUCAGGCACACGUGGGAGUGGUGCGUCAGCAGGGGCAAGCAACGCAUCAUCCUGCGUCAGCGCUCUGCCUGGUGGAAUGCAUGCUGGAAUAUCUCAGUGCAACAUGGCCAUUGCUACAGGAGCUGAUAUCAUUGUGAGCAACCAUGGCGGUGCUGACAAUAACGAUGGAAGCAGCUCGUCAGAUUGUGAUCCAACAUGCCAUCAGUGUGUUGCCACGGUUCCCUUUAUGAUGUCCGCCCAAGGUGGGAUAACAAGUUCAUCAUCUUCGGCUGAAACUGACUCCGAUGACAAUGUGUGCAGAGUAACAGGUGGAGACGCUGUCAGCCAACCUUGCGGCGUGCAAGCUUCGGCAAAGGUUCCCGUCGUGAUCCCGGUCCAUGGUGGGAUAACAAGUUCAUCAUCUUCGGCUGAAACUGACUCCGAUGACAAUAUUUGCAGAGUACCAGAUGGAGACGCAGCCAGAAAACCCUGUGGCGUGCAAGCUUCGGGAAAGGAACCAGAUACUCCCAUGUCCGCAGUCGAGUACUUCCGCGUUAAGUUCAAGGAUACACUGCUGGCCAAUCUCAUCUUAGGUGAAAAGUUCGAAGCAGAAGGUUGGAAACUGGUGAAAAGAAUGGUAGCCAUUGCGGUCGACCUGGAGCAAGAUCUCCAUGAUCUACACCAGAAAGCCGAGGUGCAACUUGUGGUGCUGGAACCAACCUGGCUGAUGAGUGACAUCACCAGCAAACUUUACACACCCACCUAUCAACGAUCAUCGUUCAUCACUUGUAAUGAGUUUGGCUUUGCGAAGCGCAGCAAUGUCGAGCAGGUUCUGGGCAACUGUACCAACUCUCCGGUAAAGUUAACCGGGGAUCAGGUGCUUGAGAUUGCGCAGCAGCUGGGAAUGUGUCAUCUAACGGAUCACGGCAAUGAGGUGAUGAUACUGCCAGCCCAGGCAGAGAGCCGCACAGCUGCCCACUGGCCAGUUGCCGAUGAGAAGAUUCACCGCUACUACACCGGUCGCCGCCUGCACUGCAGAUCCGGGAUUGCCAUAAGUGCAGCCUUGAUGCCAGCCAUCCAGCACUCCAUCCUGACCAAGCUCUGUGAGAGCGGAGAUAGAUGCCCAGUUUGGCAAGGUGGCAUACGUGUCGUCAUGAAUCGCUAUCCACAGGUCGACACGCUGGUAGAGAUCCCCGCCGGACAGCUGGCACUCAACGUCGUGACACGUGGCUACAACCAGCAAGACGUCGCGCGCUUCCAGGAGAAGGUCUGGCAUCACAUCUUGAAGCUGCCACAGCAUUUGUCACCCGGCUCUAGAGUCGACCAGGUGUUUGAAGAUGAUGAGCAGCUAAGUAGCAGUAAGCAUCUUCAGAAGCUAGACCAGCAAGGAGAUCUGAAUGCCGUGAUGGCAUUUCUUGCUAGCGACCACAUCCGUGCCACGCAUCUCUUUCCUCCUGCUGCGAAGGAUGUUGGUGCUGAUCAACGUCGCAAAGACCCACGCUUGACACACGAGUAUGCUGACUCAGCUGAUUGCCAGAAUGCCAGUACGAUUGAAGAACGUCGUCGAGCCUCUCGUCUUUGCUUUGCUCUCUAUCAGCACUGUAUCUUGCUUACCCAAGCCUUCCCUCUGGUAGAGUGCUCGCUGAGGCUGAACCAGAGAGGACAGUUGGGGGAAGCCUUCAAGGAUGAUGUCAUGAAUGAACAUCGCACGAGUGAUGCAGCCGACAUGUUCCGCCAGGGCAUUUGCGACCUACCUGACAGUGUGGUGCUGAGCCUGGUGGACGAUGUGCUACCAGAACUACCGGCUGCAAACACUGUCUACAGGGCGGUGAAACACUGUCCUCGGUACUCACAGUGCAAAAUACCUCCUCAUCAUACUCAUGCGGCCGAUGUUGGGGUGAGUUCUGGCAUGCAGUGUUCGGCGUCAUCUGGCAAUCCGUUUGACCUGGAGAGGUUUGUGUGUGACAUUCAACCAUGGUUGAACAAAGUUGACGCAGAUCUACUGCGACGGAUGGUGGUCAAGAAACAUCUCAUAACUGACAGCACAUCAAUAGAGAGACUAAAGAGAAUUCGGUCCCUGGAUGGAGUAUCUGAUCAUAAUGAGGAGCUCAUCGAGUUGCUCAGAGCUGGUGGCCUAAAGACUUAUCGUGAUCUCGGUGUUGUCAUUGAGGAACUUGGGUAUGUGGACAAGAGCAAGGAAAUGCUCUCCAUUUUGUCCCACACAGAUGCGUUCCUGGACAAUCCGUUCAACCACCCGUCCUUCAUGCCAGACAUUCACGUGUGGCUGCAGAGCAUCCCCGCGGAUGACAUCCGUGAAGCAGCGCAGACGCAAGGUUUGCUCACGGGCCACAACAUCGACAAGCUGAUACGCACAGAUCGGUACCAGAGCAACAGGGAGCAUAACUGUGAGCUGCUUGGCAUCAUCAUGGACAAGGAGAGACAAGGUUACAUCGCGCUGUGCAGGAUGAUCCGAGCCAUCGGUCAGUAUGCGGGACGGCUGGAGCAGAUGAACAGCCUACUAGCGGAGUGCGAUCGUGUCUGAAGGGACGCACCUUUUCGUCAAUUCCGGCUCUAGUCUCAAGACCGUGUUUGCGCCUCAAAGUGGUUACAACACUUGCGCAAGUGAUACACAAUGUCAAUACAUUUCUAUGUUUUUUUUUGCCUCGCCACACAUCCUGAAUGUUUUGUAUAGCAAAUUGUCCUUCUGCCCAAGCCAGUGUCAUGAUUUUCCUGUCACAUGUGACUGCCAUUUCGUUACAAAUGACUGGCAGUUUCCUGCUCAAGUGCUGCUCUUUUAUCAUUUGCACGGUCGCAACAUGAGCGCAAUGAUGAAUGUUCUCCGUGGUACCUGGUACUAAAGCUGCCGCACUCGUUUCUCUUUAAAACACACAUCGCAUCCCUGGUGUGUGUGUGUGUGUGUGUGUGUGUGUGUGUGUGUGUGUGUGUAUGUGUGUGUGUCUGUGUGUGUGUCUGUGUGUGUGUGUGUGUGUUUGUGUGUGUGUGUGUGUGAGUGUGUGAAUGCAUCUGUGUGAAUGUGUGUUUGUGUUGGAGUUUUUGUGUAUAUAUGCAAUGGUGUGCCUAUCCAUACGGUGAAGCCAAGCAAUGUAGAUCUGCUUUAAGCUCUUCCGUCUGAUGGGUGUUUCCAGUAUUGUACGCUUUUCCAAUGCUAAUGGCUAUCCUUGUGUAUACUCGUGCAUACUUUUUAUAUGAUUGUGUAUGCUCGCUAGUUCUCUGCUGCUUCUUGCGCUACAUGACCUUGCCCCGUCUUUGCUUCGCCUAGUCAUGUCGUUGACGAGUUUUUUAGAAGCAUUGCAAUCUUUGCCGACUCAAAGUCCUUCAUGUUUAUCACGGUUUUUUUUGCCGCCUGCUGCCUUUUGUAAAUCUGCUCAUUUCACCAGCAAAGUCCUGCUUACUGUUAGUUGGUUCUUCCUCCUCCCCUCCUCCCCCCCCCCCCCCCCCCCCCGCUAGAUUUGCUGCCAUAGUUAUAGAGCUGACGGCGCAUUUGCUAUGCAAGGAGGCACUCUUUGUGAGUUUGCACGUUGUUGACGCUAGUCUGGGUCAGUUUACUCAGCUCUUCGUUCUUUCCGUAUUUCAACACGUCUAUUUUGAAGAGUGGUUUCCAAGAUCCUGGUACUUACC